AUGAGGAAAAGUCCAAGAAAGAUUGCUUCCGAAGAAGGAAAAGCAGAAGAUUUUGAGGCCGCCGUGACAAGACUCACACAUUAUUUACUUGGAGAAGAAAAAGAAUUCAAAUAUAGAAAAAUUCAUCAGAUUUCAAACAAUGAACCUGAAUAUAAUUUUAAUUUCGAAAAUGUCGUCAUUGAUGAUCUUAUAGAAGAGAAAAAUGAAGAUGUUCAAAAGCUUAACAACGUUAGAUUAGAAGAUAAUUUUUAUAAAAUCGAAUGCAUUAAUAAUGCAAUUCAAAACCAAGUACUUAAAUCAGAUAAGUCGAAGUACAAUUACAAGUGUAUUCGUAAUCCAGAAGAAAUUAUGAAACUUAUUGAAGAGAAUCAGCACUCGAAAAUAGUUAGCGAACGACUUGCCAAAUCAAGGACAACUCAAAAGAGGGCAUUUAUGGACAAUGACAUGAAAUACUUUAAUAUUGUUACUGAUAAACAACAAUUAUUCAAAGAUAGAGAAAAAUUCAGGCAGAACUACAACAAAUGA